CAUGCCAAAAUGUAAAAUCUCUAUUAAAGCGUUUGUAGGUACCUGAAGUUAGGAUAUAGAGUAUGUGGGACAACAUAAACGCAGAAAAAUGAAAAUGGAUUAUUUGAAGUAUUUUCUCCUGAUCCUUCACUCUAUUAAUAUGGUGUCAUCAGGUGACGUUGACAACCUUGGAACUGAAUUUGUACUGAUGUUCAUGGAGAAUUCUAUCAAGCCGUCUACAACUCCACUUGAGAUUGAAGUAUUUGUCACAACCUACGAAUCAAACAUUGUAUAUGUCCACAUCUCUAGUCCUAAAUGGAACAACCCGAAGGUUGACCACAGUUUUAACAUCACCGCUGGUGAGGUUGAACUGGUUAAAUUCUCACGUGAUUUACGUAUGGUUGGAACGGAGAAGUCAUCAAAGGGAAUUCUUAUUCAGGCGAGUGCUGAGGUUGCGGUGUAUGGCUUCAAUAAGGAGAAGCAGUCCACGGACGGUUUUCUAGGUUUACCCACUGACGUAUUGGGGACUGACUACUUCGCUGUAACUUACUACCCUCCUACAAUGCAAACGGAGAUUGGAAUUGCGGCUGUGUAUAAUAACACCAAGGUUUAUUUUAAAUUGAAAUACUCACUUACAGGCCAUGUUACAUAUGACAAUGACGUAUACUUUGGUGGUGACACACUCACUGUUAAUCUAGAUGAAUAUGAAACGUUUCAAAUGCACAGUACCACUGACGACCUCACUGGUACUCGGAUACUAUCCAAUAAUCCAAUAUCAGUAUUCAGUGGUAACAAAAAAACUAAGGUUGCUCCAAAUGAUAUCUCCACGAUACGAAACUCAAAGGACCACCUAGUUUCCCAGCUACCCCCCGUGGAUGUCUGGGGGAGCACAUUUGUUACAGUACCUACUCCCGGGCGACUUUUUGGUGACAUGGU